AUUUCCUUGCAAGUCCUGGAUGCAGUGGUUUGCUAUAACUGUUUGCCAUCAGAGAACCUGCCCGUGUUUAUCAUCACGUUGUGCCGUACCAUCAAUGUGAAGGAACUCUGCGAGCCCUGCUGGAAGCUUAUGCGCAACCUUUUGGGAACCCAUUUGGGACACAGUGCCAUCUACAACAUGUGCAGGAUCAUGGAAGACAGAGCUUACAUGGCAGAUGCAGCCCUGCUGCGGGGAGCUGUGUUCUUUGUUGGGAUGGCCCUGUGGGGUGCUCAUCGACUCAAUUCCCUCAAGAAUUCCCCGACGUCAGUGCUGCCUUCGUUCCUCAAGGCAAUGACAUGUCCCAAUGCAGUUGUAUCUUAUGAGAUAGUUCUGUCCAUAACACGCCUAAUAAAGAAGUAUGGAAAGGAGCUGCAAGCUGUAACAUGGGAUAUCCUUUUGGACAUCAUGGAGCGAUUACUCCAACAGCUACAGAGUCUAGAGAGCCAAGAACUUAAGUCCAUUGUACAUGAUCUUUUGACUACAGUAGAAGAACUCUGUGACCAGAAUGAAUUUCAUGGCUCUGAAGAGAGAUUUUUUGAGCUGGUGGAAAGAUGUGCUGAUCAAAGGCCGGAAUCUUCUGUAUUAAACUUGAUAACAUACAGAGCUCAGUCCAUUCAUCCUGCCAAGGAUGGCUGGAUUCACAACCUGCAGAUGUUAAUGGAGAGAUUCUUCAGGAAUGAAAGUCGUAGUGCUGUUCGUAUUAAAGUUCUGGAUGUUUUGUCCUUUGUCCUGAGUAUUAACAGACAGUUCUAUGAG